AUAUCAAGCGUACAUAGCCGUGUGCAAAAUACACAAACUGAAAUCAGCGUGGUGAGGGGGAGUCAAGUAGGUUGUAUUAUUUGGAGGGGAAGAAAAGUAAGCAUGAGUAGUGGAGAUUGUUACAAGUGUGGACGUCCUGGCCACUUUGCCAGGGACUGUCGCAGUGGUCCUGGUGGUGGCGCUGGAGGAUUUAACAGGGAUAGAGGAGCGCGCAUGGAUUUUCGCAACGGCAGAGGAGCCGGUGAGGAUAAAUGUUACAAAUGCAAUAGACCUGGACACUUCGCCAGAGAAUGCAGAAUGGACCAGGACCGGUGCUACAAAUGCAAUCAGUUGGGGCACAUUGCAAAGGAGUGCGAAAAGGACAUAGAUUCAGGUAUGGUUGAGGGUAAGAAGUUCAACAACUUUGACAAGCCCCAGCAGAUGAAAACAGGUGCAUGUUAUAAUUGCAAGAGUCCUGGUCAUGUUCAACGUGACUGCCCUGAAGUGAGCAGUAGGCCAUGCUACAGGUGUGGUGAAAAUGGCCAUUUGGCUCGUGAUUGUCCAGAAGAUCGUGGUCCAGAUGACCGCAAGUGCUAUGGAUGUGGUGGCGUUGGUCACAUUUCAAGAGAAUGUCCUACAGCUCAGCGUAGUAUGGCAAGAGAUUGUUACAGGUGUGGAGCUAAUGACCAUUUGGCUCGUGAAUGUCCAGAUGCUGCCAAUAAAACUCAGUGUUAUAAUUGCAACCAGAUGGGACACAUAGCAAGAGAUUGCCCGAUGGACUCAAAUGACUUGGUGGCUGCAGCAUAGUGAUCAGAUUGAUGAGCCGUGCUUAUCAUUUUGUUGCUCAUUUAUUUCUGGAAGGCCAUUUUUUUUUAAUCUUUAGAAUGAGGUGUCAGUUGAUACGAAUCUUUAAUUGCAGUUGUUGCUGUACUUUUUAAAAUUUCACAUUUUGUUUUGAUUGUGUAAAAUUAAUAUAGUUGUAUGUUAAUAUGUCUAAAUCAAAUUUCUAUGUGACAUUUGAGAAGAAAAUAUUUUAGAGGUUUCCCUUUCCACUUGCUGAAAAUUUUUAUAAUUGAAAUGAAAAACAAAUGUGUUGCUUUGUAAAUAGAUCUGGUUGAAGGAUUUUAUUAUAUGAUUUCAUCUUCAUAAUUGAUUCCAUAUUUUCUUUUGUUUUAAACAAGCUUACAUUCAAAUUGAAUUAAUUUUCCAAGAUUAUUUGUCAUUUACUAUGAAAAUGACUUAUGGUUUAAAGUAAACACAAUUUAGUAGUCAUUUAAGGGAUUUUUUUCAUAAGUUUUAUUUUAACUUGGUAUUUUCACUAUGCUUCAGCUAUUUUAUUACACUUCAUUUAUGUGCAACAGUUGGUUUGCCAUUCUUCCCCAAUGUCUAAGAAUGGAAUUGUGUUUCUGCUUUUGUGUCUAUGGUCUGUGUUCUAUUAGGAUGUUAACGGAUUUCAUUAUAAAACUACAUAAAAGACUGAAUUUGCCCCUUUGUAACUCUUAAACUUCUGCCACUUGUAAUAAUUGUUUAAAGUAAAGUAAUAUGUGAUAACAUUGAUAGAAGUAAUUCUUCAUCAAUAGCAAAUUUUAUGUACAUUAUAAACUCAAUGUCAUUUUCAAUACAUCCUAGAGAGUUGAUGUAGUUUUAAAUUGAAAAUGAUAUACUACAAAUGUGGUUUUUAUCAGUGUUACCCCUUUGUGGAACUGAGUUGGCAGACCAGGUGGUGUGUAAUCCAGUAAACUUUUUUUAGUUGGAAAGGGAUAGUCAAAUGCAGAUUAGCUGCUUCAUGUACAGUUUCCAAUUAACCACAUUUGAGAAUAUUUGCUUAUGAAAACUAGUUAUCUUAGCUAUUUUAAAUAUGAAAAGCUUAAAAUGAUUUAAUCCAUUUGAAUGGUUUGAGGUGGAGAUAUGAUGCAUUCAGCAGAGGUGGGGUUCAUAAAGGCAGCUGUUCCUCAACUAAGUUACAUGCCAUUUCUACCAUCUGUUUGAUCUGUACAUAUCUAAGUUAGUAUUGUGCAGCUGAAUCAGAAUGGUGUAUUGCUUGUUACUUUUAUUCAAGAUAAGCAGAGGGGGGUUUGUAAAUAUGAAAUAAAACUGUUUGUACUGCAA